CCUGGGGUCGGAGCCUCCUGGAGCCGGAGCGGGAGCCUGAGCCCGAGCGCCGCGGCCCCUUUAAGGAGCCGCUCUGCGGUAACCCGAGCCCGCAGUCCAGGCGGGCGCGGCGGCCGCGGCGGUAGCAGUAUCCUCCGCGGCUGUUCCUCCCGGCGGCUCGGAGCCCGCGGCUCCCCUGGCUCCCAAAGAGCAUCUCGCGGGGCGGCUCUGGCCGGCGCCAGCCCUCGGGCCGGGCCGGAUGACCAGGCGACUGUAACCACUCGCCGCCCUCUCCCGGCCCGGCGCACCGCUGCCCGCGCGCGAGUCGCCCCGGGACCCGGCACAGCCACAUUUCUUUGUGUUAUUAAUAAGGAUCUCAUGAGAAACUUUCAGAACUUUCGUGGAAUCAAGUUGUUCUUCAUUUGGUAUUCUUCAAUCUACAAGGAUUUGGCAGUCAGUUAAUUAUGUGAGUAGGAAAUAGGAAGGAGACCAGGAUGACUGAGCUGUUCUAGAUUAAAGGUAAGGAGGUGUUUGCGGGUGAUAGUGUCAUCCUCUGAGAUACGGAACCCUGGGGGGAGGACUGGUUUGGGGUUAAGUUCAGCUUGGGUCAUGUGGAGCAUGUGGGCCUCCAGGAUGCCCUUAUGGAGCCAUCCAGAGGGUAGCUGACCAUCCAGGACUGGUACAUUGGGAGAUGGUGGGGUUUGGUUGCACACAAUGUAAACCAUGUUGAAUGUGUGGGACAUACACCCCAGCAGAGCCUAUAAUGUGCAGAGAAAAAUUCUGGAUUGGGGCGAGGGGAGGUAGUAAACAUUGCCAUCAUCAGGAGUUUAUGCUUGAUGGCCUCCAUUUUUUGGUGAAAUGGGAAGAAACCUCAUCUAUUGUAAGACAGGGAGAACUGGAGAUUUGAGAGCAAUGAAUAUUUGGAGUCAAUGUGGGAAAAAGGAAAGGGAUGGGAAAAGGACUGCUAAGCAUGUGUAGGGUAUUCUUCCUAGCUCCCCCUUCCUUGCUUCCCUUAAAAACAACCACAUAAGAACUUUUCCCCCUGUAUUUAAGGAUUUUUACUGCUAAUCGGUACAGCAGUGGUUCUUCCCUGGAAGUUGUAUCAGAACGUGAAGGUUGUGUAUGUGUAUUGAUGAUUGGAGGUGAUAUUGGUGAUUCCAACACACUCCCUAAGGAACCCCUUGUGCUACAAGGAGAUAAUGAACAUGGGGAAAUGAGAGUAAAGGUUGUAUUCCCAGGUUGAAGAAAUAUGGAUACCAACACCAUAUUGGUCAUCAGCGCUGGUUUUACCAGCUUUUUCACCUUUCAGCUUCUUUUCCACUUUGUAAGUUAUUGGUUUUCAGCAAAAGUUUCUCCAGGUUUUAAUAAUCUCAACUUCGAAAAGAAGAUUGAAUGGAACUCAAGGGUAGUGUCUACGUGUCAUUCUUUGGUGGUUGGGGUUAUUGGCUUGUACAUAUUCUUGUUUGAUGAGGCUACUAUUGCUGAUCCACUUUGGGGUGAUCCAUCUCUUGUGAAAGUGAAUAUUGCUAUUGCUUCAGGCUACCUCAUUUCUGAUUUGUUGAUUCUCAUUUGGUAUUGGAAAGUGAUUGGUGACAAGUAUUUUAUAAUUCACCAUUGUACAGCGCUGUAUGCAUACUACUUUGUACUGAGGGAUGGAGUGCUGGGAUACAUUGGGAAUUUUCGCCUGCUUGCAGAACUUUCCAGCCCUUUUGUGAAUCAGCGGUGGUUCUUUGAGGCUCUGAAGUAUCCUAAGUUUUCCAAGGCUAAUGUCAUCAAUGGAAUACUCAUGACUGUGGUGUUCUUCAUAGUGCGGAUUGCCUCAAUACCUCCUUUUUAUGGCUACAUUUACUCUGUGUUAGGAACGGAAGCCUACCUGAGGCUUGGAUUUUUAAUUCAGUGUUCCUGGAUCUCUACUUGUGUUGUUUUGGAUGUAAUGAAUGUCAUGUGGAUGAUCAAAAUUUCAAAGGGGUGCAUCAAAGUCAUCUCUCUCAUAAGACAAGAGAAAGCCAAAAAGAGUCUUCAGAAUGGAAAACUUGACUAAAAGUGGGCUAUUGAUAAGCAUACUUCAUGAUUACCCACAUUAUAUCUUCUGAUAGGUUGAAUUCUUGGCAUGUUCUUGUGCUUCUUUGUUAAUUAUACUUGUUAUUCUCGGUUUCAAUGUCCUUUUUUUCCUAACCGUUAGAAAAGAGAAACUAAAAUUUAGUUUUUAUCUGAAGAUUUAUUUUCUGAUAUUCUUUGGCAUUAUAAGCAUGGAUAAAAUCUUAAAGGUUUAAAUAAAAAUGUAUAAAUAU